UUUUUUUUACACGGGAAAUAGAAGACAAUUUCUCACGAAGCUUUGAGUGGUAAUUACGGUCGAAUGAUCACUGAUGACACUCCCUAAUAAAACCCUCAUUGCCGAUACAAACUUGUCACAAUAACUAAAAAGCCACACGUGACUAGUUGGCCACUUGACAAUCGUGGGGUGGUAAAACGAGAUCAUCUACUCUUUAAUAAAAACAAUCUCGUCACUUUCUAUUGAUGCACUGGAAAUAAAUCCACUGCUUAACUUUUUGCGCAUUAUUAUCUUUAUCAUACCCUUCUUACUUACCAUUAUAAUAAUAAUAAUAAUUAAUAUAUUUUUUAUAAAUACUAAUACGGUUUUGAUCGCCCGGGAGAGCACCGUCAAAUAGAACACCAGGGUGAGACAAAAAUUGAUACAGAUAUACGUGGCCCAGGGAUGCUGCGUCGCAUGGGAUGUCCCAGUAGCUCCACCCACGUCUGCUCCGCCUUUGCUAAAUAAUAUUUUAACUCUCCAGAAUACCAGUGCUUUUCGAUUAGUUAAAUCACGACAUUCGUCACCAGCACGUCGUUUGAAUUUUAAAUUAUCUCUUCAAUUUUGUGAACAAAAAAAUAAAUCCUCUAAUUAUUUAAAAAAAAAAUGCCAAUGCUGACUUACGUUACGAAUAAUGGAGCGACAGAUGCUGAGGACAGAUCACCGACAACUUCUCUCAUCUCAGGAGACGGUGAGAUCGUCGAUGACUCGGGAGAUUCACCGGGAACUAGGGAUACUGAGGAAGAAGCUAUGUUAUCGGAUGAAUUUUAUUCGCUUGAUACCGACGACGAGGAAGACCCGCUUAAGAAGAGAAAGGAAUCUUUAGCUAUAGAUGGUUCAUGCAGUAGCCGUCACCUCAAUUCGCCGUCGGGGCAAAUAGGAACAGGAGGAGUUAGAAAAUUAUUCACCAACAGUCGGGAACGUUGGCGACAACAAAACGUCAGCGGUGCUUUUGCCGAAUUGCGUAAAUUGGUGCCGACUCAUCCGCCGGAAAAAAAAUUGUCGAAAAAUGAAAUUCUUAGAAUGGCGAUAAGAUACAUCAGACUCCUAACAAACGUCUUGGAAUGGCAAAAAGCCCAAGAACGCAAUGCAACUCUCCAGAACCACGUGAAAAUAAAGUGCGAGCCGCAUUUGAACUAUCAGCUAAAAAGUCAGAUACAGAAGGAAGAAAAAUCCCGAUUUGUAGAUCACGCGCCCGGGCAGCAUUGUGAUAAAAACGGCAAUGAUUUGCUGAUGAUCGCUCCUCUGAUCACGCCAAAUCAUCAGACUCUGAAAAAUCAAAUUUCCCAGAGCCAAAACCGCUCCAGAGUCUUCCAAAAAUCUCACAACACCCUCAUCGUGUCCAACAUCAUCUCCAAUGGCAGCUCCUCGGCUGCCUCUUUAGUUUCCAGCUUGAGAAGUCCCAGCAAGCGCUUGAAGGUUGAGCGAGACGAGGAAGAAGCUAGUAUAAAAAUCUCGAGGAAUAAGAGGUCGAAGGUCUAUAAAGAUUGCAAAAAUUCCGAAUAAAGUUGUUUUAUUAAUUAUUUAUAAUAUAUAUUUAUUAUUAUGUAAUUAAUAAUUUGUUAUUUAUAUUGCAUCUUUUUAAAUGUGCAAUUUAAUAUUAAUCGAUACUGCAGCUUUGCUCAGUGUACAUAUAUAAUAUAAAUGUAAUUUCAUUUAAUUAUUUAAAACUUAAUUAUAAUUAACCCUUGAAGGACUAAUUUACACCCCG